UGCACAAGUUUCUCGUAGGUGUUGGAUCGACUUUCAUUUCGAUAAAUCAGUAAGCUCAAGUUGUCAAAUCUGUUAAAUCGUGCGCACCUCCGCAAUUAUCAUUCAACGAAAUACAGACACACAGACGCACAAGACGGAAGCCGGCUGCUAGUUUGCAUGCUCCGGCCAGAGUCCACACCUUGAAGAUAGUAAACAUCAUUAAUAAAGACAUGGCAGCGAUCGCACGGCAAGUUUUUCAACUCGGCCUCGUCGCCAGGCCGACGACGAUCCUGGCUCGUUGCACGAUGCAAAUGGAAUUCAGAAGAGGUAAAAAAAGUGACAGAAAACCGGCACAGAAACCUAAGCCCAAACCGACCCUUGCUUCUAUUAUGGAUUCCAUUCAGUCCAAGGGAUUUCUACGGUCUAAUAAACCCUAUAAACCACCUGCAGAUGUAACCGAACGAAUAAAUCAAAUACUAAAAUCUAAAAAUAUUAAGACUUUUGAUAACACAAAACUAAGCAAGGAUCUGAAUGAAAGAUUUGAGUUGUUUAAUCAGUGUGGCGAGGAAUUCAACUAUUUUAUUCACAAUUCUAAAUUGUGUCACAUUGUAACAGUUGGUGAUUUAAAGGAAUUUUACGAAACACCAGUAUUUACAACAACACCCUUUGAAGCUCUUCAAAAUAUGGAAGUUCCACCAAAUUUACACGUAGAGCAAAAUUACCAUCGCUUUAAUCCAAAUGCGGAUGAUCUAUUUGGUGGUAAAACUGCUUUUCCCCAAAGCGCAACACUUGUCACUGGAUUGAAGUACAAAGACAAAUAUGAAGGACACACACCUGAAAAACCAUGGCCAGAGAAAGUGCAAUCAGUAUUCAAGGAUUAAUCCACUCAGAAAAAUGGCUUACUUUAUAAAUGUUGUUUAGAUUUUUACCUACUAUUCUAAUGGAACUAGUGUUGAAAAUAAUUAUGAAAAAUGAUGUACAGUUUUAAAAGUGGUACAGGACAAUUAAAUGAUUAGUCUUGGACAAAAAAUCGUUAAAAA